AUGGUAAGUGUGAAAGAAAGUCGAAGGAAACUGUUUAUAAUUGCUUUGGCUCUAAUGGCAGCCUUGGUCGCAGCCGAUGAGGAUGGCUACGAUUAUUCUCCUCCCCAAAAUCCCUUUAAUGCGGCGCAUGAACAACCUUCCAACAAAUAUAUUCCUCCCCCACCACCCAAGAAACCGGAUAACACUUAUAUUCCGCCAGCUCCUUCACAUCAUGCAGGGCCAGCACCAGCACAUCAUCAUGCUGCAGCUCCGGUACAUCAUAGUGCGCCAGCUGCCGUACAUCACAGUGCCCCCGCUGCUGUACACCACUCGGCUCCAGCCCCGGCCCCAGCCCCAGCCUAUCAUCCCGCACCCAAGAAACCGGAUAACACUUAUAUCCCACCAGCUCCUUCACAUCAUGCUGCCCCAGCUCCUGCCCCUGCUCCAGCAUAUCACAGUGCUCCUGCACCUGUACAUCAUAGUGCCCCAGCGGCAGUACCUCAUAGUGCUCCUGCACCAGCUCCCGCAUAUCAUCCAGCACCCAAACCAGCCAACACCUAUAUUCCUCCAGCCCCAGCAAAUACCUACAUUCCCCCAGCCUCAGGUGGUAGCCACAGUGGUCAUUUGGAUGAUGACGGCUAUCACUAUUAA